AUGGCAUUGCGCACAUCGGCCGACAACGCAGAGGAUGUGGCAGCUGGCUUCCGGAUGCUGCGCGAUCCUCUGCCCGAGCAUGCAACGGAGAUCACCAGUCUCAUUGCCGACCUCUACUCCAUCAGCACAUCUUUGACAAGCCUGGAUGACCUCACCAAGAAUCGUCACUAUCGGCGCAAUGUGGCUAUCGCCAAAGAAGACCUGGAUCUAGUGCAGACCAGCUUGAAGUACACCCUCGAGGACAUUGUGGAUUUCUUCGGCGACAUUGAAGUGCAAAAAGGAUCGAACCGAGAGGUCUACAAACGGACAUGGCUUAGCCUGACUGCGUUCUUUCAGAAGGAGUCUCACGAACCGCUUCCAACUCGUCUGGCCAAGUACAAGACGUUUCUCCGGGAAUUGGAAGAUUUGAUCAAGGACAAAUUUCCCGAAACACCUCUUAUGAGCGGUCUGCGCAACAACCUCAAGGGUCUCCUGAUCCAGCAAGAAGACCGGCUUACUCCGCGAUUUAGUGGCCUCUCACUAGGUACCCCGUCCUCGAGCACCACGAGUGCCGAGCCAGGAAGUCCUGUGAGUGAUCGACGACCCCGGAACCGUAGGUCGUACGAGCGAGCCAGACCAUCUCAUCGCUCGCCUCAAUCGCCCCUUCAGUCCGCUGGCUCCAAUACGCUGGUGAGCGACCAUUGGGCCAAGCAGGUGUUUUUAGAUGAGAUUACAAUGACCUCCAUUCCUUACGUAGGCGAAAGUUCGAAAUGUCUCGGUGACCAUUCUCCUGGGGUCAAACGGUGGCUCAAAGAUGAAGGAUUCGAGGAACUUUUCCAAUUAGCAUUCACCGGCGACUCGGACCUUCGCGUGCAUUUCUACCUUCGCGAGGAUGACCACCGAGCGCGGAUAUUGUGCAAGGCUCCGCACACCACUCGACCGAGCGAAUACUUCUGCAUGCCUCUAAAUCUCCUGGAGAUAGUCCGGGUUGGCUCCUGUCUCAACCUGUGCCGGCGACGGCGCGGAGGGUAUGAGCUAGUCCUGUGGGCAAACCUCAAGUUCAGCACCAUCGAGCAGAUGGUCCUUUUCUUCUGCACAUUCCUCGCAUUACGCUCCCAAGACGCCGGCCGACCUGUGGAGAGCAUCCGCGAUUACGAGCUCGAUAACGAAGAAGAGCUCUUCGGAGGACAGAUCCUCGAUGAUAAUUACCUCCACGCGUUGCGCAUAUACCGGGACAAGGUAUCCGGAGCCGUGAGGCUGCAGGCAUCCGUCCACAAGGGGGAGAUGAAACGAGCCCCGGUGUGGACUGCAUUUAUCGCUCAGCACCUCGGGACGCGAGGCUGGAUCCGCCGUCCGGAUCCCAAGGUGGUUGUGCUGCGUGAGCUCCGUCAGACUAUCUUCAUGUUCGCGGCGGAUUAUACUCCGCAGAAGACGUCGAGGGGGGAGCAUAUAUUGCAGUUUACAAAUCGUGCUGAUGCCCAAGGUUUCGUAGAGACCAUCGCACAGCUGGCGAAUACUCGCUAG